GGUACGGGACAAAAUUCAAAAUGUCGGCGGAAGAGGACACGGAGUUGAGAGAUAUGGUGGCUCAAACUUUAGAAAGUAAAGGUGUUCUCGGAAAAAUCAGGGCACAGCUUAGAGCAAGUGUCUUUCUAGCAUUGGAGGAACAAGAAGGAUCCGAGCCUAAAAUCACACUUGUAAAUCCUGACCUGAAGAAGUUUAUAGGCACAAGUGAAGGACGUCUUGUUACAGGAUUAGUAAGAGAGUUCCUGGAAUAUUUUGAUCUUGAUUUCUCCAUUGCUGUAUUUGAUCCAGAGACUAAUUUUAGUGACAAAUAUCCUGGAAGGAACAACCUUGCAAGAGAGUUGAAGCUCAAUGAUGCUGAUAGCACAGCUCCUAGUCCGUUACUAGCUGAAGUUGUGAAGAGACUAAAAUCACCCAGCACCAGUGGUGAGAUUUCAAAAGAGGCAGUUUUAACAUCACCGAGACAUAGUGCCCCGGAUAGUCCAAGGAGUGUUAGUCCUCCUAAUGGAAACAAGGUUGAUGAAGACAUUGGUGAAGUACUUAGCUCUGACAUUGAGAGUGAUGAUAGUGUGCCUUCAAGUCCAAGACCAAGCAAAAUUCCGCAAAGAAAGCGAGACGACGUUCCACAGAGAGUGCGAGAUGAGAGGUCCAUCAAAUCUGACAAAAGCCAGCAAGACUCAUUCCUUGAAAAACUAAACUCCAGCAAAGAGCAGAAUUCCUUGUCAGAUUCAAGAAGGGACAAAAGUGGAAAAAGAAGCCCAGAUGUCACCAUUGGCAGUGACGAUGGAGAAGAUAUUUUUGCCGAUUUCCCAUUAAAGACAAGAGAAAGUCAGAAAAAGGGAUCAGCAACAGAAACAGCAUCUAAGUCCGCUGGCGGGCUGUCAUCUCUUAAGGGUGCUCCAUCUCUUGGCAACAGUGGGCUAGGCUCAUUGAAAGGAGCCCCACCACUACCAGGAAUGAAUAACAAUAACAGAGAACCUACCAAAUCACCCAACUGGCAGGACCUCGCCGAUAUCGAUAGCAAGAUCAGUAAACUCGGAUUUGAUAUUCCAGAUGAAGAGAAAAAUGGCGAAGCCAACGACUACAAUGAUGAUUAUGAGGAUGAUUUCAAUCCGACUAGUGACAUGAGCAUUCCCGAAGACAUUGAUGAGCAGUUGUCGAUAAGCAGUUUCCACAGCGGCAGCGCCAAGCUGGAUGAUCUUCUCACCACAGACCGCACAGUGUCGCAGGCCAGUGUUGGAGAUCUCGACUUCGCAGAGGAUAUUUUGAACUUUUGAGAAACAGUUCUUAAUUAACGAAGUGCACAUUUUAUGGCUUGGCUUAGCGUGUUUAGUGUAUUAUAUGUAAUUUACCCUGCUGUAUAUUAUAACCGUAAAUAACAAAUCAAGUAUUCUAUGUUACUGGGUUACUUGAGCUAUCGUAUGACUUUUUUGUACGCGCCAUCUUGAAACUAAUAAUUUUGCUUUGAUGCUCUUUUCACUUUUCUUCUUUUCCGAAUUUCGAAUUUUAAGCACGAUCUCGAAUACCUUGUUUACUAAAUAAGUCUAAAAUGAGCAUAGUCAAAGUCUCGUUGUAGCGGUAAUUGUAACCAUCUAAGAGGUCUUGUAAAUAUGUAUUUAGCUCCAAAACUUGCCUUUUGUUUCAAAACAGUUUGGUGGCAUUGAUAUCUUGUUGCAAUGGAAUCACAUUUCUUGAAGAAUGAACCCUCCAUUUCUCAAACCUCUCGAUUGCUCUAACCAAAAGUCGUUUCCGUUGGGUUUCUUUCACAGUAGUUUUAAUCCGAUAUCUCCAGUUUCCGAUAUUUCGAACCAAUUUCGUUUCCCCGGGAGAUGCGAGAAAUCAGGAUUCAACAAGUCAGGAUGUGACUGAAAUUCAUAGCAACUUUCGCCAUUGUAUUCAGUAAACAACCGACAGACUCGGAGAACUUCUCAACAUAAAUUCGGCGUCUAAUUGUUUUGAUAUUUUUGGCAUUUAAUUUAUUUACUAAAGAGGUAUUUUAUUAUGUAUAUAGUACCUGCAUAUGCAUUGUAUAUUGUCGCAUAUAAAGACGCGAGUGACAAGGAGGCGUUUAUGCUCUGAAUAAAAUUUUAUUCGAAGAACA